UAUGCCAUGCUGAUAGUUGAACUCGGUUGUUUUUCCUCUGGUUUCCCUCUGAUUACUUGGUUAGGUUUCAUAUACAGUUGUAUUUUACUUUAACUGAGAUUAGAGAGAAUUUCCAACGGGAUUCGUGUUUCUCGUUGUUCUCGAUCAUUUGGGAGCAACGCCCAUUAAAUUAAACCGUUACGGUGGUACUCUGACCGCCGAUACCCUAGCGGCAGAUUUAAGUAACAGUUUGAAACCAUGGUGCUUGCGCCUGGGCAUUCAUGGUAUAACACUGGAACCGUAGCUAGAGUUUUUAAGUUCUUUCUUUCAGCCAACAUCUUUUAUUAUUCGUUAGCUAAAGUUAAUAAACUACGUGAACAUGAGACUUCGAUCAAGAAUUACUUCUCUUGACUCCCCGUCAACUCAACCAAAUACUUCGUGUCGUCGGCAGCUGGAUUUGAAUCGAGUGUCGCGUACAGAAAGUAGUUGUUCUGAGGAAUCACAAGAGGUUUUACAAGACUGCUCCAAUUUGUACUGUGAUGCUUUCCCAACUCCAGCUAAACGUACACGGAAACGUGGAAGGAAGAGGGCUCUAUCAGUCAAAGAAUGCAAAGCCGAGUUUGAUUUCAAGACACCGGUCCGCCAGCUCCGGGAGAGGCAUUCGUCAGUGAACCCUGCAGCACGGAGCCUGUACUCUCCUGUAGUACGCUUUCUCACACCCACCAACGACCGCAAGUACUCCAUCACUGGUGCAGUUUUCAGUCCUGAGCAGUGUGUGUUCGGCUACAGCACCACCAGCCCUCUCUCCAAAGACAAAGAGAAUGACAAGGCAUUCAGCCCGUGCACAUUCAUUAAAAACAUUCCUAAUCAAUCCCAACACUCAAGACCAGCCACUGCACUUCAGGACAUACCACCAAAGACGAGAAGCACCCCUGCAGCUACUAUGGUGCUGGACUUGGAUGAAACACUCGUGUUCAGCUCACUCAGUAUGAUUGAUGAUGCAGAGUACACAUUCAACACAUGCUUUCAGGAUCAAGAAUACAAGGUGUAUGUUGUUCUCAGGCCAUAUGUGAAGGAGUUUCUGCAAUCCAUGGCAAAACAUUUUGAGAUGUUUGUUUACACAUCUGCUAAAAAGGAAUAUGCAGAAAUGAUUGUGGGCAUAUUGGACCCAAAGAAAAAACUAUUUAGAUACCGUUUGUAUCAGGAUGAUUGUGCGUGUGUGCAUGGACACUACAUUAAAGACUUGGCUGUUCUGGAAAGAGACCUUUCAAAGACAGUGAUUCUGGACAACGCACCCCAUACUUUCCCAUACCAUUUGACGAACAUGAUUCCAAUAAAGAGCUGGUGUGGGGACCAAGAAGACAAGGAGCUCCAGAGACUCAUCCCUUACCUGGAGAAGCUAGUUCAAGCAGAUGACUUCAGGACUGUGCUCAAGAGACGAACAGAUCCUUUUCACAGGCUCCUCUCAGAAGACUAAAGUCGUGUGUGUGUGUGUGUGUGUGUGUGUGUGUGUGUGUGUGUGUGUGUGUGUG